CACGCGUGCAUACACACGAAACGCCCACCCGCCCACUCUUUUCCAGUCUCCCCCUUUUUCCUUUCUGACAGUCAACAGGAAGACUGCCGAGCUUGCCAAAAAGACAAGGGGGAGAGAGAGAGAGAGAGAGAGAGAGAGAGAGAGAGAGAGAGAGAGAGAGAGAGAGAGAGAGAGAGUACAAGAAACAAUCUCCAAACUUCAGGUUGCUUCUCUCAGCAAGAACAAGACAAAAAGAGGCCAGAGACCUGCUGCAUGUAAGAGGGAGACAAAAAACAUCAAGAAUUUGCAAGCAGGGAUAAGAAACCCCAAAACCUCCCCGAUGUCUAACAAGCGUCCCAAGCCGGAAAAAACAGAAAAGCCAAAAAUGGCGCAACGACUGAGCCGCGAUCUGACCUGCUCAAUCUGCCUGGAUUUAUUUAAACAACCCGUGUCGCUCCCUUGCGAUCACACGUUCUGCCAGUCCUGCAUUACCAACUACUGGAGCGGCAGUGGAUGCGUGCGCGCACCCGGCCAACCUGGCACGGGUACAUCCGGCUCGUGCCCUCAAUGCCGCAAAGUUUUCCCCGGUCAGAGUUACCGGCCCAACCGCAUAGUGGCCAACAUCGUUGAGAGCUACAGCCGGGAGAUCGAGGAGGAGAGCGAGACCACCGCGAGCAGCACGCCGAGCUCCGCACCGCGUUGCGCGCGACACCGCGAGGAACUAAAGCUGUACUGCGAGGAGGAGCACGAGCUCGUGUGCCUCGUCUGUGCCGUAUCUCAAGAGCAUCGGUCUCACGUGCUGGUGUGUGUGGACGAGGCAGAGCAGAAAUACAGGAAGUCACUGAGCAGCUCGGCCACGGCACUUCAGGCAGAACUGAACACGGCACUGGAGUGCGAGAGAGAGACUGAGGAUGAGGUGAAGAAACUGAAGGAACACACUGCAGACCUCAAGCAGCGUAUUGAGGCUCAGUUUAGUGACCUCCACCAGUUCUUAUAUCAGGAGGAGAAACUGCUGCAGGUGAAGCUGAAGACAGAGGAGCGUCGGGAGCUGAUCCGCCUGGAUGAGCACAAAGCAUUGCUGUGUGUGGAGAUAUCACGACUACGGCGUGCUCUCUCUGAGAUCGAGGAAAAACUGAGAGAGCACGAUCCAUACACACUGCUGAAGAACAUAAAGACUCUCCUUCAAAGGCAGCCACACAAGUUUGAGAAAGCGUCGCUGACACCACCACAGCUGUGUGAGGGUCGGUUUGCUGGGCCGCUCCAGUACCGUGUCUGGAAAUCUCUUAAAGGAAGCCUCUAUCCAGUGCCUUCAGCCAUUACGUUCAACUCAAGCACAGCGAACCCUUGGCUGAGUGUGACCCCAUCACUCACCUGUGUGCGCUACCAGACCUUCAACAGCUCUGCACGUGACAACCCCCAGCGCUUCGAUGCUGCUCUGUCACUACUUGGCAGUCAAGGCUUCACCCAUGGAUGCCACUACUGGGAAAUUGAGGUGUCAAGCAGCGCUGUGUGGACGGUGGGCGUGGCACGAGAAUCUGUCGCCAGGAAAGGUGUGAUCAAAGCGCUGCCAACCAACGGGUUCUGGACUGUCUCUCUCUCCUAUGGUGUGCAAUAUAUGGCAGGGACAUGGCCUCCCACUGUCCUGUCCUUGCAUGAGCAGUUGGAGCGUAUUGGCGUGUACCUGGACUAUAAGAGAGGCCUUGUUUCAUUCUACAAUGCUGAGAGCAUGACGCACCUCUACACUUUCCACGACACCUUUAACGAGACGCUCUAUCCUUACUUCAACCUCGGCUUUCUAGAUAAAGUGCACGAGAAUGAGCCACUUAAAGUGUUCAUGCCCAAAAUCUGAGCCCGGACACUAAAAUGAGUGCAGUGCAGAGUUCAUUACCAAAGGAUGUUUGAUUGCAUCAGUUAUCAAAUCAUGCAUUCUUCUCAGUGUGAUAUUAUUCAGCAAUCCAUUGUUUAGUGGUUUCUUACUUUAACUGAAGCUUUCUGUUCACUUCUUAUUUUCUUAUUAGUCAUUUUAUUAAAUGGGCUAAAUGACUUGUACUUGUUCUAUCACCUGGAGAUUGCACAUUUAAAUCCCGAUGAAGUCACAGCCACACGUGUGUGGACGACAGAGGAAAAAAGUGUCCUUGCUCUUAGACAUACUUUCUCUGUUCUGUCAGUCAAAGAAACACUAGAAAUCAUGGGCAUCUGUAAGCUCAUGCAUGCAGAUGUUAACACUUCAUGCAGAUGAAGUCAGCUGCAUGUUAUGAAAACAUGCAGCUGACUUCAUGUAUCUACAGCUAGAGGAAGCACCUGAUCACCUUUACUCGUCCUGGUUUGUAUUUGUUGUGAGAUAAAUUAGAUGUGUGCAGUUGACUAAGACGAAAUUAUGGAGAAAAUUCUGGGGAAUCUUCAGGCACCUUUAUUGCUGAUUUGUCUACCUCUAUAACAAAAUCCACAAGAACAUGAAAACUGGAAGGAAACACGAAAUCUGAGUGGAGACUAAAUGUAAGGGAAAAACUGAAGUUGUGAGUGUAGACAAUAAGGUAUUGGUCCAAGAUUUUUACUAAAGGCAUUUCUUUAUUUUGUCAUGACUAAUUAUUAUAUUGGAAAAAUUUUUUUUCCAGAUGCCACAGGAAAUGGUGUCUCUAAAUGACAAUGCCCUUAGACCUCAUAGUAGACCAGGCUGGACCUGGUGUAGAUAUGGAUCUUUACAGUAAGCAUUUAUGCAUGAGGAAUCUGGAUUAUACACUAUAUAAGGUCAAAUGUUUGUGGACACCUGACCAUGAGACAUGUAUAUACCUCUUCCACAACAACCUUGGUAUAAUCUGAGCUCACAGGGGCAUUGUUAUGCUGGAACAGGCUUGGGCCACCUAGUUCCAGUGAAGGAAAUUCUAAAACAUUGUGUUCUUCUAACUUUGUGGCAACAAAGAACCACAUAUGGGUGUGAUGGUCAUGUGUCCACACACAAUUGGCCAAAGAGUAAGUAAGUCUAAAUUCAGAUGCAGUUUAUCUGAGCCUUAAGUUGUUUAAAGAUGCUUUAAAUGUUUGUAUAUGGACAUUUUAUAUGUUCAUAAAAUGUAAAUCCUUUAAAUGUUUAUCAUUUAGAUCUGUAUAGCGUAUAGUGUUCUAAAUGUAAUAUACAUAAUACACAUAACAUUGGGGUAUACUGGUAUACCAAUAUAUAAUGGCUAUGCAUUAGUAAUGUAUUUUUUUUUUUUUUGUAAAUAUCUGAUGUUUUAAAUGAUAAGCCAGUGAAUCUGUCCAGAGUUAUUCACUCUGGAGAGUUUUUAUGUAUUAAAAAAUGAAAAGGUUGCAGAUGCAGUUGACUUAAAUCAAGAGAUGUAUCCCAAAGAACUGUGAUCUCAUGUAAUAACCUCACAUCUUUAUUAAAAGUUAUGAAAGCAUCAGAGUGUUUCAUGAUAUCCUUUAAUCAGAGAUGAAUAAAUGUGUCAGCAUAUCUUAAUAAAUUGAUAUUAGAUUUUAUUGUCCUUUUACACUCGUGUAUUUAAGAGAAUAGCGCAUGCUCAGUACUACCACUAGGGGGCGGAAACAGCUCGAUUGAGGCACCAUGGCCCUUUACCCUGAAAAUAAUGGCAUGUUAAUGUUUGACCACCACGUGUUUCAGUGCUCUUUAGCAUAGAUUUUGAACCUAUGUUUUAAAUGUUGAAGACCUUUCUUCCAAAUGAUAUUCUCUCAGUUGCUUUGGAGAUGGUAGUAGAAAGCUCUGCAUAACAAACAAAGUGCUGUAAAUUCUUCCUUAAGUGGACAAAUAAAUUGGGAUAUGAUGAG